AUGCCUGCUUGGGCUGUCCACGGUGCCCCACGGAGCACAGGGAACAGUGGGCCCACUGUGGAGUCUGUGGAACGCAGCAACGGUAUGCACCCCAACUCGAUGGGCUGUCCCUUCAUUACUGCUGCCCUUGCAGGCUGCGACCAGUCCCUUUCAGUCCUCCCUGAACAUGCCCCCCUUGCUCCUGGGAAGGUUGCGGCCCUGGAGAGACAGGCAUUUGACUUCCUGGGCUUCCAGUGGGCAUCCAUCCUGGCCAAUUUCAUCCACAUUGUCGUGGUCAUCCUGGGGCUCUUUGGCACCAUCCAGUAUCAGCUGCGCUACACUGUAAUUGCCUUCUCUCCCUAGUAUGCAGUGUGGGCAGCUGUCUGGGUCACCUGGAAUGUCUUCCUUAUCUGCUUCCAUCUGGAGGUGGGCCUCUCCAAGGAUAGCGAGCUCCUGACCUUCAACCUCUCCCGGUACUGCUCCUGGUGGCACAAGCACUGGCCGGGCUGUCUGUGUGAGGAGUCGUCCACAACCAGCCUCGGGGCACGGCAUGGCCAGGCCCUGGUGUCAGGUACUGGCUGCACCCUGGAGCCCAGCUACGUGGAGGCCUUGCACAGCGGCCUGUAGAUCCUGCUGGUGCUGGUGGGCUUUGUGUACAGCUGCUACAUGGUCAGCACAUGGACAGAGGAAGAGGACAGCUAUAAGUGCCUGCAUAAGUGA